AGGAGCCGCGUGGAGAUGGAGCCCCGCGGGGGAGCAGCCGCGCCUGGCGCCCGGUGCUGAUUGCGGGGGGCCGCUGGGCGUGCGGAGAGUUCCUGGGACAGCCCCCCCUUGGGUGCAGGCGGGGGGAUCUGAGCUGGCCCCGCUCCCGCCCGGCCCCUCGCACUUGGGGAGGAAAGUUUCCUCCUUUCGGACCCUUCCUCUUCUCCAAUCUGGAUCUGGAAGCCUGGAAGCGGCUUUCCGGGCUGGGCAGGAGCAGCAGGAUGGGCAACGCGGCCGGCAGCAUGGACCACGCUCCGGCGAAGGAGACGAAGACCCAGCCGCCAGCGACAGCUCUGCCCGCCAGGCAGCCCGCGCCCCCGAAGCAGCCCAUGCCCAGCGCCGGGGAGCUGGAGGAAAGAUUCACCCAUGUGCUGGAUUCCAUGAACUUGCCGCCCGACAAGAUGAAGCUGCUUAGCCAGUACGACAGCGAGAAGAAGUGGGAGUUGAUCUGUGACCAGGAACGGUUCCAGGUCAAGAACCCCCCCUCUGCGUACAUCCAGAAACUGAAGAGCUACUUGGAUACGGGCGGAGUCAGCAGAAAGGUGACCUCCAAUUGGCUGAUUGCCAUGGCGUUUAAGAGGCGAGUGCAGGAGUCCACACAGGUGCUCCGAGAGCUGGAGAUCUCGCUGAGGACCAACUAUAUCCGCUGGGUGCAGGAGUUCCUGAAUGAGGAGAACAAGGGGCUGGACGUUCUGCUGGAAUACCUCGCCUUCGCCCAGUGCGCCGUCACGUACAAUAUGGAGAGCGCAGAUAACGGGAGCCCAGGCUCUGACAAGGGCAAGUCCCCGGACAGAUCCAUGGAGGACCUCAGCAAGAGCAACUCCUCGUCCCCCACACAGGGCUCCUCCAAAGCGAGGAACCUGACUAUCAGGUGCUGCCACUUGAACCAGCAGAUCCACACAUUCUUUCAACAAGUCCACCCAAGCGUUCCCUCCAGCACCCCUUGGAGCGAUCAGGAGAGUAAUCCCAGGCCACCUAUGAACUCCUAUGCGCCCCGACUCAACCCGGUGCACAGCAGGAAGGCGCUGCGGAACUCGCGCAUCAUCAGCCAGAAGGACGACGUCCACCUCUGCAUCAUGUGCCUACGCGCCAUCAUGAACUACCAGUCUGGAUUCAGCCUGGUGAUGAACCAUCCAGCCUGUGUCAACGAGAUCACCUUGAGCCUGAACAACAAGAACCCAAGGACCAAAGCCCUCGUCCUGGAGCUGCUGGCCGCCGUGUGCCUGGUCCGAGGAGGGCACGAUAUCAUCCUCUCUGCCUUCGACAACUUCAAAGAGGUCUGCGGAGAGAAGAAUCGCUUUGAGAAGCUGAUGGAGUAUUUCCGAAAUGAGGACAGUAACAUUGACUUCAUGGUGGCCUGCAUGCAGUUUAUCAACAUUGUGGUGCACUCGGUGGAGAACAUGAACUUCCGCGUCUUCCUGCAAUACGAGUUCACUCACCUGGGGCUGGAUGAGUAUCUGGAGAGGCUGCGUUACACGGAGAGUGACAAGCUGCAGGUGCAGAUCCAGGCGUACCUGGAUAACAUCUUCGACGUGGGCGCCCUGCUGGAGGACACAGAGACCAAGAAUGCUGUGCUGGAGCACAUGGAGGACCUCCAGGAGCAAGUGGGGCAGCUCACAGAGAAGCUCCAGGAUGCGGAGAAUGAGUCAAUGGCCAAGAUCGCGGAGCUGGAGAAACAGCUGAACCAGAAGCGCCGUGAAGUAGAGACACUCCGGGAGCGGCUCAGCGAAUCCAGCAGCCAAGCCAGCUCCCCGCCGCAGCAGCAGCAGCAGAGGCUGGCGGAUGCCCGGCUCUUGGCCUUGGAGCAGAAGCUGGAGGAGCUGGAGGAGAAAGGGUUAGUCCGGAUCCUGCGUGGGCCAGAGGGAGCCGUUGCCAUCGAGAUUGUCCCUGUUGUCAUGGAAACCACAGCAGUCUCCACGGAUACUGUAGAAGCCUCCGCCUCUACCAGCACAGAUUUCACAUCUCCUUCCAUUUGCUCCCCACUGCCGUCCCCUGCUGCUGCCCAGACGAUUCCUCCGCCUCCCCCACUGCCCCACACUGAAGACACUGGCUCUGCCAACCUGCCUUCUCAGCAGCAAGCCCAACCUUCUGCACCCCCUCCAGCUCCACCCCUUCCUGGGAGCGACACACCUCCGCCUGCCCCGCCUCUUCCCGGGGUCGAAAUCCCACCACCUCCUCCCCUCUCAGUGGAAGGUGGCCCAGCCCCUCCUCCCCCUCCGCCCCCACCCCUGGGAAUGCCAGCUGGAGAGGUCAGUGGCCCAACCACAGCAGCCAGUUCAGCUGUCAAGAUCAAGAAGCCGAUUCAAACCAAGUUCAGAAUGCCCAUCUUCAACUGGGUGGCUCUGAAACCCACCCAGAUCAAUGGGACCAUCUUCAACGAGCUCAACGACGAGAAGGUCCUGCAGGAACUGGACAUGAACGACUUUGAGGAGCAGUUCAAGACGAAAGCUCAGGGCCCCAGCUUAGACAUCAGCACCCUGAAGGUGAAGGCUGCUCAGAAGGCCCCUAGCAAGGUGACGCUGAUCGAGUCCAACCGAGCCAAGAACCUGGCCAUCACACUCCGCAAGGGUGGCCUCAGCAUCGACAGCAUCUGCAAGGCCAUCCAGACGUACGACUUGCAGAGCCUGAGCCUGGAUUUCCUGGAGCUGCUGCAGCGCUUCCUGCCCACUGAAUAUGAGCUAACGCUGAUCCGCAAGUACGAGAAGGAGCAGCGGCCGCUGGAGGAGCUGUCGGACGAGGACAUCUUCAUGAUCAAAUUCAGCCAAAUCCCUCGCCUCGCCGAGCGCAUGAACAUCAUGACCUUCCUGGGCAACUUCAGCGACACCGCCCAGCUCCUGAUGCCGCAACUCAACGCCAUCAUCGCCGCCUCCAUGUCCCUCAAGUCCUCGACCAAGCUCCGCAGCAUCCUGGAGAUCGUCCUGGCCUUCGGGAACUACAUGAACAGCAGCAAGCGUGGAGCGGCCUAUGGCUUCCGGCUGCAGAGUCUCGAUGUGCUGCUGGAGAUGAAGUCAACGGACCGGAAGCAGACGCUGCUGCACUACAUCGUGCGGGUGAUCAUGGAGAAGUACCCGGAGCUGACGGGCUUCCACACCGAGCUGCACUUCCUGGACAAGGCGGGAUCAGUGUCCCUGGACAGCGUGUUGCAGGACAUGAGGGCCCUGCAGCGGGGCAUGGAGCUGACCCGCAAGGAGUUCAUGCGGCAGGACGACAGCCAGGUGCUCAAGGACUUCCUGAAGGCCAACACUGAGGUGAUGGAGAAGCUGCAGACUGACAGCAAGACCGCCCAGGAGGCCUAUGAGUCAGCUGUGGAGUACUUCGGCGAGAACCCCAAGACCAGCCCCCCCACCAUGUUCUUCCCCAUCUUUGUGCGCUUCGUCAAGGCCUAUAAGAAAGUGGAGCACGACAUCGAGCUGUGGAGGAAAGAGGAAGCAGCUGCCAAAGAAGUGGAGUCCAAUUCCCCCAGCAAGCCGGAGCCAAAGUCUCCUGUCCCCAAGGCCAAGCGCCAGCAGAUGGACAUGAUCGCUGAGCUGAAGAGGAAGCAGCUGGUGAAGGAGCCUCUCAUUUACGAGGGAGGAGAUGGCGCCAUUGAGGAUAUUAUUUCAGGUCUGCGGAACCAGCCAUACAGGCGUGGCGACACCGGCCGGUGCAGCGCCAAGAAACGACCCGCUGGCCAGACCCUCCAGGUGACCUCCGACAUCUCGCUGUGACCGUCCCGCCUACAGCGAGGCCCUGCCUAGAGGAGGCCAGCCAGCAGUGCCGCUCUGCCCCGCCAGGGGAGAAGGGGUGGAUGUGACCCCCAGGGACUGGGCCACCAUGGCCACCGGCCUGAACCAAGGACUCUCACACCAAUGGGAGAAUCUCUGCUCGCAGCUUCAAGCCGCUUAACUGCUCCGAGUGCCAGUUGGUGCCAUGCACACCCUUCCCCCCCCAAUCAGCCCUGCACCCUGCAUGUCUGGCACAGGGCUCUCCCCCCUAGCCAGGCAGCCGCCAAGUCACUGGCUGUAGGGGGAGGGGAAUGUUGUGCGUGUGGCAGCUGCUUGAGCUGACCAGGGCCCCGAUAGCAAUUCCCAUCCCUCAUCUCCCUCAAGCACCAACGGUCUGUUCUAGCCCUGCCUUCCUGGGGCCUGGCAGCCACUGUCUGGCUUUGGGGGCACAGUCCAUGGACUGCAUCUUCUCCUGUGACCUCCCCUCCCCUGGCCUGACUGGCCACCUCCAGCUGCCGGGGAGCUGACCCCAGUCCCAGUCCCCCAAUAGGCCUUGACACUGCUUUGCUCCUUGCCCCCUGCCCUGUUCUGUGUUAUAGUGAGGACAGAUCGCCCAGGCGGCCCUACAGGGCAGGGAGAGCACAAACCCUCUUGGCUGGCAGGUGGGAAGAGGUUGACCAGCCAUCCUGCUCCAAGGGGCUUUGUCUUACAUAUGCACCUCUGUCCCGAAGAGUCUCACUGGUCACCUUACGGGGGAAGGGUAUUUUAGGAUGGCUUUUAAAUGUCUUCCUUGGCUUUCCCUUUACGCUGCGCUGUGUGGAGGAGGGAGAGAGGGAGGGAACACCCCUGUUCUGCCCUGGGCUCAGGAUGGAUCAUGGGAGCAGCCCCUUUCUCAUCCCCAGGAACCAGGGAGGCUCAGAAAUGACAAUCAACAGGGGUAGAGCAUCACUAUUCCUCACAUCACCACAAGGUGUCACUCUUUCCCCAUAACAGCUGCACCCCCCCCUCCCCCCGCUGGGCUGGUGCUGCAGCUCAGACCGUGCCCGCAAUGCCCUGGGCAGGGCCAGAGCCCCUUGUACGGCUAAACCGUUCCCAGGCAAUGAGUGACAAUCCAACCAACUGGCUCUGGGCUACAAGGCUGGCCUGUGCACGUCUAUCAAAGCCCUUAGCGCACACAGCUGGCUCCAUGGGUGCCCCUAUUGCCAGCUGUGCCAUCCUGGCUGCAGCGCAGGCACGUGGACCUGGCCAGCUGCAGCAACCACGGGCGCAGCGCAACUCCAGCGUGUAACCCACAGCCAGCUCCAGCGAGGCCUGUGUGCUGCAGCUCCCCAGCCCCGCGUCUCACGCCUCAGAACCAUUCGCUGUUGGACUGGCACAGGCCCCUGCUUGCUGGAGUAGAGGAGCCUGCUGGCACAGCAGAGCCAUUAGUUCCAAGGUGCAUUUACCACUGUGCUAGCCCCCUUCCCGCGCCCUGACUCAGGGCUCACAGCUGCCGUGGAUCGUGCCCGGCCAGAGCUGUGGGCGCUUCCUGCUGUAAUUAAGAGGCAAAAUGCCAACUGCUUGGUAUCACUCACAGCCGCUCAUCACAACGCAGGGGGUGGGGGGGAAAUGAAUGUGUAACUUAUACUAUGCCUUGAAAAAACAGGACCUGCUCCUUUGUAGACAUUAUUUUUAUAUCCUGGCUGGGAGGCCUGGUUUAAUCCAGCGCCGAACUGCUAAUAAACCCACUAGGGCUCCAGUGCCUGGCUGCU